AUGUCUCAACAGCAAACAAAAAAUUGUAUUACUCUAAGGGGUUCUGCUCAAAUUAUUUGCGAGUAUUUAAAGUUUGCUAUUAAUUCGGUUUUGUUUCAAAGAGGACUGUAUCCCCCGGAAACGUUUAAAGCUGAACAACAAUACGGAAUUACCCUACUCAUAUCUGAGGAUCCACUUAUCAAAAGUUUCCUCACUAAUCUUCUAACCCAGAGUGAAGAAUGGAUUGUUAAUAAGAAGGUUACCAAACUUUCACUUGUAAUUAUAAAUGUGGCAAACAAGGAAGUACUAGAAUGUUGGGAUUUUAAUGUACAGUAUGAGGAUGGAGAUGUGGCAUUAUCAAAAGAAAAGAAUGAAACUGUAGGUAGCAAGGAAUUGAAAAAGAUCCAGCAAGAGAUCCGAGAUGUGAUGUUGCAAGUCGCAGCUACUAUUUCAUACUUACCUUUCUUAGACUGUAGGUGUUCAUUUGAUGUAUUAGUUCAUGCAAAACAGCAUUGUGAUAUACCAGAGAAGUGGGCUGAGGCGGAACCUAUUUCGAUUUCAAAUGCUCAGAAUGUACAACUUAAAACAUUCUCCACAAGUCUUCACAAGAUGGAGACAGUUGUGAGUUAUAAGUUAGCAGAC